AUGGCGCAACGCUGCUGCUGUGUGGGAGCGGAUCCCCUCCCUCGCGUUACAGAGCAGGACGGCUCCGUGGAAGCGAGGAGACCACGAACACAGCCCAGAUCAAAGGGGUCGAGAGACAAGCUGGCGAUGUCUCAAGAGAAGUGCUCUGGCCUUCGUUACGCAACCCUGGCCCUGGGCAUCGGCAUCCUCAUGCUUGGCAUCCUCAUGCUGUCCUGGAGAGCCGUGGAAAACCCGGACCGGAUUUGGAACGGCACCUCCGUCGACCAGCCGUCUACGCCGUCCAUCGGCCAGUCGUCCACGCGGACCGUGGUGAUGUUCUGCGGGGUGGGGGGAUGCCUCCUGGUGAUCGGCAUCACCUGGUCGGUGUGCGUCGCCCGCCACCGCCAGCCGCCCGUCCCGGAGGUGCGCGCGGAGGCAAUCGCCGACGGUGGGGUCAUCAUGGACAGGGACGGCUCUCUGUUCCGCGCUCCGCGCUACGAGGAGGUGGUGAACGCGAGCGCCUUUGACCGGAGCUCCAGCGACGCGACGGGAGACGACGUCUACCUGCCGUCGUACGACAUCGCCACCUCCACGGAGAACCUCUCGGCCCCCGCGGGCGAUCCCCGCGACCCGCACCCCGGGGGCAACGCCUCGACGGGCGACCACGGCAAGAUCCGCAGGAUCAAGUCGGAGGUGGCGGCUAACCACCGCAAGACGCUCAACCUGCCUGGGGAGGAGGGGAACGCGCGGGAGGAGAGGAUAGUGGUGGAGCCGCUCACCCCGCCGCCCACCUACGACGUCGCCGUCGCCUUCCCGCUGAGCAAGCUGCCCGACGCCAGCUGAUGCUGCCCCCGAUGCCGGCUGACGUGUUCUGUCUGUGGCAACUCGCCGGCCAAAACUCUCUCCGCUGCUCCUCCUCCUCUGCUUUGACGGUGCAGCGAGAUGCAUUGAUGAGAGCUGCUCCCGCGUCCGUGGUACAGCAUGGGCACGUUUGUCACCAUGCAUCAGCCAAACGUUCACACUUGGUACAAGACAAAAGAGGCAUAUCUGAAAAUCGUUCCUGUAUUAUUAUUUUUUUGCGACGAUAAAGUCCACGAGCUUUUUUGGCCAAGGGUCCCUGCGAGUGUAUACAAGGUAGUGUGUUAUUGUGUUAUGUUAAUCUGAGUCUUGUUUAUGUUUCUCUUGUACUGGUACACGUGCAGCGCUGUUGUCAUUCCGCUGCUGGAUGAGGGAUCUCUUAGGCCUCAAUUUGACCGUACCUCACUACACCGGUCCGUAGCGGUUGGUCAAGUCAGGGGGGAAGUUGAUGUGAGGGCUGUACUGUCAAUUGUACAUAUUACGUAGAAGUUAUAUAAAGUGGAUGAUAUAAGGGCUUCAUAUCUGCAUAUUGCUCACGAAUUGUCUUCUCCUGGUGGCGGUGUGAUAAAAGAAAUGCCGUUGCGCAUUAACGCAAGUUUCCCAACUGAACACAAUGACCGAGCGUAACCGAUUGAGUGUACGGUUCUUCUGCACGGAAUGAAUUUUGUGAAUUUGUGGAUUCUAUUUGCAAAAGUGUUCAUGAUGCACGUGGAUUGAGUGCACUUAUUUAAAUACGUUCCAUUUACAUGUUACGUUUAAAAACUGGGUAUAGCAAUGGAGUUUCAUUGGCAUACAGACAGAACACAAGUUUUUUGCGUGACGUUUUUUUUAAACUGUUGAAAAAUGUGUUUAAAGUGGAGAUAUUUUUGUACGUAAAGUUGUGUGAGUGAUGCGAAACAAAUGGUAAGGGUGAAAUAGACAACAAGGACGACACGAAUUGCAAAUAGUAAAGACAGUGUUUAUCAAUAAGGGUGAUUAAAUGCCAGUCGACCAGGACAUGAGGGGGGAGGGGAUGCAUCCUUCAUGUUCCUCGUGUUCUUCUUGAAACAAAUUCGAAUGCUCAACUCUCAUCCAAGAAAUGAGAUUUAAAACUCAUUUCUUUUAAACUGCAUUUUGUGUUUAGUUUGUGGUCAAAGAAGUUCAAUAUCCAUACAUACAACCUAUACCCUUAGCCAGGAACAGGGCCUCUCCCUCGCUUUGUUUUCACAAAGUUAAACAGCGCCCGGACCCUGCCCGUGCUGGAAUUGCAUCCUCCCACAGCAUGAAGAGCAGGCAAAUGUUGUCAUGAGCUGGCCAAUUUCGUCAUGAGUUGGCCAAUGUCGUCAUGAGUUGGCCAAUGUCGUCAUGAGUUGGCCAAUGUCGUCAUGAGCUGGCCAAUGACGUCAUGAGCUGGCCAAUGUUGUCAUGAGUUCUCAGACUAUGGUCUGGGGGUGGGGGGUGGCACACUUAAAAAAAAAAGUGCCAGACUCCGUCGUGGCAGUGCCAACCCCAGAAACACUUGUGUUGUGUUUACCAUUACAUUCCACUUCAGGAGGGCUCUGGGCCCACUCAUAACUAAGGCUACCAUUUGUCAGAGUUCAUGGAUGUCACAGAAAUUGGGGAUUCGAAUAAAUUCUGUGAAAUGUUAGAAAUGGCAAGUGAUGUACGCUAUAUUCGGCUACUCACUCGAAAAUUUUCAUGAAAUAGUGGUUACCCCCCCCCCCCCACAUUAUUUGGCCAUGAAUUUCACCAAGAAUUACCGUGACAUAAAACAUAAUUAGCCUUAAUCGUAACCAGUAAUGCAAAAUGUAGCAGAAUCUGUGAAACAACUGGAUCAAAGUGGUGGAACUGAUCUGUGAGGUCUUUAAAUAAAGAGAAUGGUUUGUAAUGAUUGUGUUUACACGUUAUUAUGUUUUCAGCAUUCAUCACGAACUCACGUGCAUGUAUGUACCUCUGCUGUUUAAUAACACAGCAUGGCAAUUCAUACGUUGGGUUACAGAGAAACCCCAGAAAUGAUGAAAAUCUGAUUUCAGCAGUGAGUCCGCUUUUGCAUAUUCCCAAUUUCCCCCGGACGAGUAUUUAAACUUGACUUAAAGCUUUCGUGACUGCAGGAAUAGAUACUAUUCGGGUGUUUCGGUAAAGCCACGUAGAUAGAAAAAUAAUAAUAAAACAUAAAAACAUCACGACGUUUCGAUCGCACCAGAAGCAAUCGUCAUCGGGUGAAAAAAUAUAGCGGGAGAGCUGCUGAGGCAGGAAAAAAUAUAGUGGGAGAGCUGCUAAAGCAGGGUGUUAUAUAGGUUUGAGAUGGGUGUAGCCCAAGGGUAAGUAGGCAGGGCUAGAGAUGGAAUGUGCGUGUAAAUGUAAGAUCGGAGAGCUGAUAUACCUCCACGACUACGAAGCUGUGGAGGUAGCCAUUGUAUUGUGAGAGAUUAGAAUGUCAAUCUGUUAAUGUAAGAUUAGCAGGUCAAUGUAGGAAAACCACCGCAACGGUGGCUGUGUUAAUGAGACAUUUAGCCUUUUAAUGUAAGAUUAGCAUGUCAAUGUAAGAAAACCGGGUGCCACCGCCACAUCAAGGACAAUAAAGCUGUGUAGGUGGCCAUUGCAUUGUGAGAGAUUAGCAUGUCAAUGUAAGAGAACCACCGCAGUGGUGGCUGUGUUAGUGAGACAUUUAGCCUGUUAAUGUAAAGACAUUUAACCUGGUAAUGUAGCUCAGAGAGUCGGAAAUAACUGCUAACAACGGCAGGUAGGAUGGAAACAUCACAGCCAGUUAUGGCUUAAACUGGUUAAUAACGUCCUUCCAACGAUUGCUCAGUUUGUACUCAUCUUCUCGGUGGGAAUUGUGUCUGUUUUUAUAUAUCUGGAUGGCUUCAUGAACGAAUCUUUGUUGUUAGCCAGUGGGUUUGCAGAGUACCUUCGUCUUGGAAAAAUAUAUUUCGUGUGAGCCCACAGCGUUAAAACAAUGAUCAGCCACGGCCGAGGUAUUGGUCCUACCGUGUUUCAGAUCUGCCUUAUGUUCACGAACACGGUCCGAGACAUGUUGCUUAGUUUCCCCAAUGUAACUACUGCCGCAGGCUCAGCGUAGUUUGUAGACGCCGGGGGGUAUUGCAUGUCAGGGAUCACAUCCUUCACAGAUGGGAUCAGAUCACGAAUUCUAUGCACUGUGUUGAAUCGAACCUGGAUCUUGUGUUUGCUCAUGAUUUUGGAAAUCUUUUUGGUAACCCCUGCUAUGUAUGGCAAAGUGAUGGUUUGAAUUGGGUCCUUAGAUCGUUCUUUCCCAACGGUUGAGAUUGGAAAUCACUGCAAUCCUCAAAAACACUAAGACACCUAUUAGCAACAUCAGCAAUGAUGAGCGCUUUGAGCUUUCUCAACUAAAAAAGAGAGAUGACAUACUCAUCCUCUCAGACGACAAGGGCAAUGCCAUGUCAAAAAUGUUAUAAAUUGAUUUGCAUUUUAAUGAGGGAAAUAAGUAUUUGACCCCUCCGCAAAACAUGACUUAGUACUUGGUGGCAAAACCCUUUUUGGAAAGCACAGAGGUCAGACGUUUCUUGUAGUUGGCCACCAGAUUUGCACACAUCUCAGGAGGGAUUUUGUCCCACUCCUCUUUGCAGAUCUUCUCCAAGUCAUUAAGGUUUCGAGGCUGACGUUUGGCAACUCGAACCUUCAGCUCCC